GGUAAUAAACUUCUCUCCUUAAUUUAGAAGCCACUGUUCCAAUGGCGGCGCCCCUGUAAUUCGUAAAAAUAUAUAUAUAUAUAUAUAUGUACGCAUCAGUAUGAAAUUGUUAUUUGGCGCUGAGGUGAAAAGGGUGUUCGAAUUUCGACUGAAAAUCAUCUGGGUCGGUCUUUAAUUGUUUGCUGAUUUCCGGCGAGCCUGAGCUGGGUUACAUGUGCUCGUCAAAGGUGGCGAAUCCAGGAGACUCGAGGGGGUACGUUAGGUUUCCGGCGACGGACGCCGGGGCUGAGGGAGGUACUUCCCGGGGAGAUGACCAGCAUGGCAUGUACGACCAAUUUUAUGAUGCCCUGGCGGCGACGGGGUGGGGGUACGGUGAGAAUCAGUCGACGGAGAUGUCAGCGAUGGUCACGGCGCUGACACAUGUCGUUUCCGGCCAGAAGCCCGGCGACUGGUCCGGGGUUUACUCUUCCGACUCGGCUUCCGGUUCGAGCUCCGGUUCCAUGGCGGGGCAGAAGAGAGGCCGUGAAGAAGACAGUACUGUAACUGUGACCCAACCGGAGCAGCUUCAGAGGAUUUAUGGAGAUCUAAUCAGCCAUUUCGGAGCUUCCCAUGGAGAGUCGUCUUCUUUAACCUCUGCGCCAGAGCAAACCGCCGGCUUCGUAACUUCUCUCGGCGCCGCCGAAACGGAUUCGUGCGAAGGGAGUGGAGAGAGGAGGAGGAGAUACAGAGGAGUGAGGCAGCGGCCGUGGGGGAAAUGGGCUGCGGAGAUUAGGGAUCCGCACAAGGCGGCCAGGGUUUGGUUAGGCACAUUCGACACCGCCGAGGCGGCGGCCAUGGCCUACGACGAAGCCGCCCUCCGGUUCAGAGGCAACAAAGCCAAGCUCAACUUCCCCGAAAAUGUCCGAUUGAUGCCACCUCUUCAAGUCCCUCAGCCGACCCAGUUCGCCGUUUCGACAUCCCCGGCGACCCUUUUCCCGGCAACCCUGCCGCAGCCGGCAUUCUCGAACGCCGCCGCGGACUACUGGCAGUACUCGCAGUUUCUCCAGGGCGGAGGAGGAGGAGGAGGAGGUUUUCAUGGGCAGCAUCAAGCUAGCAUGGCGGCGGAGCAAAUGUUAUUUGCUUCGUCUCUGGCUGGUUUGCGUUUACAGGCGCCAUUGUCAGCGUCUUCUUCCUCCCCGGUGACUUCGUCAACUUCUGGUUAUCCCGGGCUCUUCCCGGAGCAACAAAUGGCAUAUUUCCAGCCUCCCGGAGCUCCCAAUCAGGACGACUCAGCCAGUUUUCCGGGAUACUGGGGGACCAGUUCCGGCCAGUACCCUCCCCACUCUAGCUAAUUAAUUCUCAGUUUUUUUUUUUUCCAAACAUCUCAGUCCUUUGUCCAAUCAUAUGUUCUUAAUUUGUUUUCAAUUUUCUUGUACUUUUGCAGACUUCUAUGUGCAAUAAUGCCAUACAAACAAACGAAAAAAAAAAAUUAAAUCCAUUUGUAAAACCCAAAAUAUGCUCAUUUCAUCAUCUUCAUCUCUUUAUUUCCAUCCAUUUAUUGAUGCCUAUUAAGAUUCAAUUAACCCAAUUAGAUACAUACUUUGAUAUGAAUAUGAAUGACUGAUUAAGAUACUUUGUCGUAAUUUGAAAUAGCCAUCCAUAUUUGUCUGUUUCCCCACACAAGCUGCAUUCAGACUGCAAUUUGGGAUUAGAGAGAGAAGAUAUUCUUAGGAGCAUUUACUUACUUGAGACCGAAGAAUACGUCUGAAAGAUCCGGGGGCCGUCAUUUUCCUCUUUUAUCACUUUCUCUAGAACCUAACAAAUCCGCACGUGCCUCGCCGUAUUCUUCCAGAAGACGAACGAUCAUGAAAGGACAUACUCUCCGGAUGGUGACGCCGAUCCCACGUGGGAGAACGUGUGACUUUGUUUGGGAGGGAGGUGCAGUCAACGGGCAGCAAGAGUCAGAAGCCAGCCACGUAUGGGGGGUUAGGGGCCAACUAAUUGACGCAUGGCCUAACUGAGCACUGCUACUCUUCUUAUCCAUAAAUGCUAAUGCCACGCGUGUGUCGCUCUUAUUCGUUUUUCUAUUCUUUUAUUUUGGGAAACGCACGCAAUUUGUAUGGCUUGAGGGGGGACGGUGGGGGAGACAUUGACCGUUUACCUACUUAUUUUGGAUUGAAAAAUGCUAUUUGUACAUAAAUAUUUUUAUAUAAAUGCUUUAUAGAAUGAUAUUUCGUGA